GAUCGAACCCCUCCCAGUUAACUCCCGUGGCUUUUGCCACGAACAUCAGGCAACAAUCUCCAAAUAUGUGAGAGCUCACGUGAAAUAACGAGCGAGAGCGUCACAUCAUAUGUUUGAAUGAUUCCCUGAGGAUGUGAGAGUCACGGAUGCGGCGAUCGAUGAGUGUUUCUGUCGCAGGCUCACACAGACGAUGAGAGUUGACGAGACCCACAGCUCUUGGUGAUGACGCGGUCCCGCUAUGGGGCUCCCGUGAACGGCCCGGGCGUCGAGUAUGUUGACUGUCUGUCAGCAUGACGCCGUUGGACCUGUGGCUUUCACGCUCCAUCCCCAUGUGUCUGCUGCUGCAGAGCCUGGUGCUCAUGGUCCUGUGCUUUCCGUCUGCCAGCACCUGUCCCAAGGGUUGCACCUGCCAGCGCUCCGAAAGCCCUCCGCACGGCCUCAACGUCACCUGUAGUCUGUCACGCUUGAAGGAGAUCCCGCCCGACGUCCCGCCAGACACCCAGCUGCUGCAGCUGGACCGAAACCACAUAUCUCUAGUGCCCGAUCGCAUAUUUCAUGGCUUGAGGAUGCUUCGGAGGCUCAAUCUCUCCCAUAAUGCUGUGGAAACCCUCGGCGAGGGGGCGUUCGUCGGAUUGGAGGGCUCUCUGGAAGUGCUGGACCUUUCGCACAACCGGAUCACUAGUGUGCACAAGGACGCGUUCGCACGGCUGAAGGCACGUGUGAUGGUGGACAACAACCCUUGGCAUUGCGACUGUGCCCUGCAGCAGGCGCUGGGCGGCAUGGCCCACAACCAUGAGGCCGCCACGCGCGUGCUGUGCCGUAGUUCGGAGCUGAGGGACCAGGAGGGCCAGCCGUUCCUGGCCGUGGACGCGGACUUGUGCAACCUGGCCAAGCGGACCACCGACUACGCCAUGUUGGUGACCAUGUUCGGCUGGUUCGCGAUGGUUAUCUCUUACGUUGUGUACUAUGUACGGCAGAACCAGGAAGACGCAAGACGACACCUUGAGUACCUGAAAUCGCUUCCCAGCAAGCCCAAGAUACCGGACGAACCGGAGGACAUCAGCACAGUCGUGUGACGUUACGAAGAUCGCACGAUCCCAGAGACUAAAGGCCCGUUCAUACCAAGGAUGAUAACUAUAAGAGAAUGCGGAAGU